UGUCAAAAGCGUUUGAGGAAAUUCGUUCAUUUUCUGUUUUGAUUGUUGAUAGUGUUCGUAGUAUUUGUUAAGUUUAUGAAGCGUUAAAUACUAAAUAACCGUGAAGGAGUUGCGACAAUAAUUAGUACUUAUGAAACACUUUUUGUGAAAAUAAUAGAAGUAGAUAACCUAAAGCGAAGAUGUCUGGGAGAGCUAAAAAGCCUGCAGCGCCUAGAAAAAAGGCUAAUGGCUAUAAGAUGCCUGCUCCUAUAGCUAACGGAGAAGUGAUACACGAUACUAUAAUGAAGAAGAAGUGGCGGAUAGGCCCGUCCAUCGGCACCGGUGGCUUCGGUGAGAUAUAUUCGGCAUGCGACCACGAUAGUUCGCCUAAAGGAUCGAAUUAUCCAUUUGUAGUCAAAAUUGAACCCCAUGAAAAUGGACCGCUGUUUGUUGAAAAGCACUUCUAUGUGAGAAAUGCAAAUAAGGAUGAUAUUGCCAACUAUAUGAAGUCUAAGAAACUGUCGAGUUUGGGAAUGCCAACAUACUUUGGUAACGGUUCACAUGACUACAAAGGAGAGAAGUACAGAUACCUCGUUUUGGAGAGAUAUGGAAAAGAUUUGUGGAGUUUGUUCAAAGAAUGUGGACGGUCAUUCCCUACUACCACAGUCUUCCAGUUAGGGCUGCAAAUGCUAGACGUCCUAGAGUACAUUCACAGUCGGGGUUACGUCCAUGCUGACAUUAAGGGCGCCAAUAUCCUCCUAGGCCUUAAGAAGGGCACGGAGAACCAGGCAUACUUGGUGGACUUCGGUUUGGCGACGAGGGUUAAUGACAAGGAGUUCAAACCAGACCCCAAGUGUGCACAUAAUGGGACCAUUGAGUAUACCAGCCGGGACGCGCAUCUGGGAGUGUCAACAAUGCGUGGAGACCUGGAGAUCCUGGGGUACAACAUGCUGCAGUGGAUCAUCGGAGAGCUACCCUGGGAGAAGGUGCUUACGCAGCCCAAGAAGGUGCAGGAGAUGAAGGAGAGCUUCCUGAAGAAUGUACGGAGCAACAUCUCCAAACAAGACAGCCAAGUGCCUGACGCUCUAAUAAAAUUCUUCGAGUACAUAAACUCCAUGAAGCCAAAAGACACGCCGGAUUACAAUAAAUGCCGGUCGUUCUUCGAGAGUUACCUCAAAAGUGAAGGCAAAACGCGUACAAGCAAGUUGGAGUUCACGCCGAGCAAGAAAAAGUCCAAAACUAAGAGCAACGCAAGUCUUACCGAAGACGCGCCUAUACAAAAUGCAAAUGGUGACGCGCCAAAAGCCAAACGAGGUAGAAAACCAGCGAUAGUAGAAUCAAGCUCAGACGCCGACGAGAACCAGGAGCCAGAAAGUCCAAAAGUCGUCAAAAGGAAAGUUAAAAGGAAAUCUACAGAACCCUCAGUAGUAGUCAAAGUGAAAAAGACAAAAAUGACACCAAAAGCGACACCGCCUGUGAAGAAAAAUCACGUAAACACGGCGACGCAGACAUCGAUGGAGAAACCUAAGAACUUAAAGCGGAGUCCUCGACAAGUGUCCUUUGACAGUCCUGUCGCAGCCAUAAUUGGCGACAACAAAUCACUAAGAACAAGAAAAGAUAUCUCGGCAAACUCCAGUGGAGAUAUAUUUGAAGAUUCCUUCGAAAUUCAAGACAAAAAGAUCAGACCUAAAAAGAGAUUAUUGUCUGAUGAAGAGGUUACAGUGAAGAGGGUAGUUAAGAAAAAAGUAACGACAAUGAAACCCAAGAAGACUGCCUCUACUAAAUCAUGGAAAGAUUUGCCCACAGUUGUAAAUGGACGUUCACCACCCAAGUAAACAUGAUACUUAAUACUAACCCACUCUGAGUAAUCCUUUGUACUCUUGAAAUUAAUCGAUAUUAUAUUUAAAUAAACAAUUGCAGCCAAAAUUAUAAGAAAUAACCAUUAUUUUUUCGAAUUUCGAAAUUGCAUUCCUUAUUUAAGUUUGUAUAAUUUUGAUUGGCAAGUUUAUGUAAGCGUUCUCAUUUCCAAUGAAGGACUUUCCAGGCUACGUUUGUCAAAAACAAUAUAGAUAGCGCUGUAGUUUUUCCUUCGUAAACGAAGCUUCCUGAACCUUCUAAUUUCAUGGAUAACAGACAUAAUGGUGCUAAUUCCUGUAAACGCCAUCUAAUUUUAUUUUAAGUUAUUCCUGUCAUUUUCGUAUCCGCCGAAAAGGAAAGGGACGGGUAAUCGACAAGCAUAAAAUUUAUGGAACACACGUCAAUUUUAAGCACAAAUCUAAAACAACCGUCUAAAAAUUGUACAUCAGCCAAUAACCCGACAGAAAUAAGCUGACAACACACGUCAAACGGUUUGCAUACCAGCGAGAUACCUUUUUGAUUCACCCGGGUUAUUCAUUCAUUUACUCAUUCUUCCUAAAAUUAAGAGCUGUCAAUCAUCCGUCCCUUUCCUUUUCGGCGGUUAAGAAAAUGACGGGUAUAACUUAAAAUAAAAUUAGGAGGUGUCUGCAGGAAUCGGGGCCAAUGCAUCUUUUAUCUUUGUUUUUGGGUAUAAAUGCUCCCUUUUUAUAUCUAUAUCUUCCACCCAUUAUUAUUCUGAUCAAACAAGAGAAGCAAUAAAGGUAGCAACAUAAUUCUAUACAUAUUGUGAUCCAAAUAUCAAGUAACAGUUAUUUUUAUAUAUGCUUCUGCCAUUUGCAUUGUAUUUUGGAAUAAUUAUUUACCCGAGUAAUGAGAAAAUAGGUAUUUAUCACGUUAAAGCUAUACUGUCAUCUGUAUUGUUUUUGGUGAAUGUACCUUAUAAAGUCUCAUUUUAGGUAUACAAUCGAUAAUGGACAUAGUCUGCAAAAAGGAUGUAUUAAUUUCGUCGAAUUGUAGUUAGACGCAGAGUAUAAUUCUGGGUACUUAUUUAGAAUCAUGGAAAAACAAGGGCUUUUCCAGAUGUCAAAGGACACUAGUUCUGGAAAAUUCUCGAUUGUCAAUUUCAACACGAUUUGUACGAGCUAUUUGGAAUGCGCGGGCGCUCAUAGUAACUGCGGUUAGUAACAAAAGAUACUCGGUUCUUGUAAAAUAAUGAUUUGCAUACCAUGACCAGAAAACAAAUGUGUUUGCAUUUAUUUAGUUGUCAUUUGACUAAAUCUGUCAUAUUUCUCGCUUUUGUAAGACCAUUUUAUUGUGUUUUCAGUAAACCUCUUACAUUAUUUUAGCUAAUAUUUAAUCAAAACGGUAAGAAAUCAAUAACAAUGUAUUUCUUCCAGAAAUAACGGGUGUAUUUCACUUUUUUUUACUUGUUAAGUUGCCAAGACAUAACGAUUAUAUUCCCAAUUGGGCUGGGCAGGGGUACAUCCAUCGUACAAUGAACCGAGUACCCACGCUUAUCCCAGCGACAAAGGAUCUGCAUUCUUCAAAUCUUUGGCGCUAUCUAUCUAUCGUGUGGGUUGUGAGGUAAAGUACCAACCUCAUCCACCCUGGUGUCAGAGUUAUUGAGCCGCCAAAGGCCCCUGACAUGGCUCAUUGGCCUGAUUUGGCGCUUAUUAAGUUAUUUUAAUCUUAAUACCAAUUUAUUGUUAAGUUACUUAAAUGUUGUGUGUAUGUUUGUGUUAAUUCAUUGCUAUUAUAAUGAAAUAUCGUUAGCUGUAACGUUAAGUUUCGAAUAUGAGUCGAUGAGUUACCGAUGUGUGCUACAAAUGUCGAUGUUUUGUAAGUUAUUGUGUAAAAUAAACAGUAUUUCGUACAA